AUAGAAGCGAAUCAAUGUGAAUCUGCAGGGACUCUAAAUGUGUCUUCAGUGAGGACAGUUGGACAGUCUUUAUUGGGACUUUGCUCUGUUUAUGCUGAUGUUCUUAUCACGCGCAUAUAUUCUGUUCAUUCCAAUCAGAUUUUUUUUUCACAGACUCCGGGAACGUCAAAGCCCUAACAAACAGGAAGUUCUGGUGUCAUUUUCUGCUCUUGGUGAAACUCAUUUUAAAUCGAGACUCUUUUCAAUGGAGCGCGGCUUUCAACGUGGGCGAAAGUGCAGAUAAAUGGAGGCAGUGGCAGGCAGUCGGGACUCGGUCCGCGAACAGGAAAGCACAAGACAUGGAGGAGGAGAACAACUGCCGGUGUGACUGGGAGGGAGGAGUGGAGGCAGAGGCAGAGGCAGAGGCAGAGGCAGGCCUCCGGUGCCAGAAGAGCCGACACAUUCAGCUCCAGAGGGAAAGGCACCGACGACAGAUGGCCCAGUUUGUGGCGGCGGCGCUCCUUCUGCUGCUUUGCGGAACUGUGGCGGUGUUCCUCACGUUCAGACUGGAGAGGCGGUGUGACUGCGCUGCUGACAGCCAGACCAAGUCUGAGUCUGACAGCCAGUCAUCAGGUGUUGCUGAAAAGCUGCAACAACCUCAAUGUGCACAGCGGCUUCCGAGCACCAUGUUGACAGUUCUACGUGAAAACACCACAAAUGGAAAAUAUCUUCUUUGGGAAGACACAAGAGGAGAGGCGUACAUUGAUGGAGGUUUCAGAUACUUCAACGGGAGUCUGAUGGUGCCCAGGAAGGGCCUCUACAGAGUUUUCCUGCAGACCCUCUAUGAGAACAGUAAAUGUGAUGAUUUCCUGGUGGUCCGUAGCGAGGUUUUGGUCUUCAGACAAGGUUACCCAAAGGACCAAACUCUCCUAAAAGCAGAGGAUACACUGGGUUGCAAGCAUAAUGUAAAAAGAUCUCUCUUCACAUCUGGCAUAUUUAGGCUGGAUACUAAUGACAAACUACAUGUAACUUCUUCUCAUCCAAACCUUCUGUAUAAAAAUGACUUCCAUUCAUUCUUUGGAGCUCAGCUCGUGUCUGAUGAUUGGCCAGAGAAAGGUAGUGGCUCCUGAGUCCAACGAUGCAGGUUUAUGCUUUAACUAGUCCACCUCUGUAGCGCCAAGUAGAACCUUCUCAGCAGCAGGUUAGCUUCCUUUCUACAUUUUCUUCUCACUAACAGCUGCCACAUCACUGAUGCAACAAAGCUAUACUAAUCAGUAACAAGUUAUUUGAAGCGUGCAUAACACUGACAUGACCCUGUCUUAAACACAACAUGACACCUGUUAUGGAGUCUUAAUGAGUGUUUAUGACUGUCAUCAUGAAGUUCACAACUGAACAAAACACAUAAAGAAUACUAAGCAGAAAAUUAGAUUUGGUAAAUAAUGACACUUUUAAUGCAAAAUUGUACUAAAAAUAGAAUAAAAAAAUCUAUUAUUUACUAAACGACACUUCAUGACCAUAACCAUUCAUAAAGACUCCUUCAUGUUCAGAACUGGUUAUGAAUAAAGUGUUACCCACUGAUCUAACGUGUCAACUUUGUAGCACAUUCCAUUCUGUGUUAAAUCUCCUGAUAUAUCUUAUAUUUUACAUUUAUUAUAUUGCAUAUUAUGCUGGGAUGAAAUAUUUUUGUGUUUCUAGAAAGUUUUUAAUUUAUUCUAAUUUAUCAUAAAGGGACAUGUAUUAUAGGGCUUGCAUCAGGCUGGGAGUUAUUUUGUAUUGUUUUUUUAUUCUCGUUUCCUGUAAGUCUGGAGUUAUGAGGUGAUGAAAGCCACUUGUUAUGAAGCAAGUAACCAAGUAAAUAAGUAAGGGAGAAUUUUUGCCUUGUACACACGGUGAUGUCUGAUUAAGUGCUCAUUUCCCCAGGAUUUAUAACGAGCAUGACUGUUUAUUUUUAGUAGCAAAUGUGUACAAAUUAAUUAAUUGCAUUAAUUUAAAUCUGAUCUUUGUCAUUGUCAGUUUUCUUACUAUUGUUAUUUAUUUAUCAGUAAUUUGACCAGGUCAAAUUCUAUAGGUGCUACUGAAAUGUCUAAGGUCAGGUAGUCUUUCAGAGCUAGUAUAAAAGCUGUAUAGUAGUUCACUUGGAUGAAGUACUUUACACAGACAGUAGAUUUGAAGAGCCGCAGCUACGUGUGAAACAGUUUGUCUGCUGAAGCCACUUCUUUGAUAUUAGAAGUUGCUAGAGACAGACAACAAACAGGAAGAAUUUAGCUGGAUGGAGAAUGAAGACAGAAAGUUGUUCCACUAAAAUCAGUUUCUGCAGAGUAGCUCAGGUCAAGGUCGACUGGAUUUAGCUCAUCUGGGCUUCACAAUUGAACAAAACACAUAAAGAAUACUCAGCAGAAAAAUUUGAAACCCCCCACUUCCACUGAUAUCUGUCCUGAAUCCACCAAAAUAGAGUAGCACUGUAUUUACUCUCUCUUUGAAGUCCUGCUGUGUCAGCAUGUUUUUCUAAUCAAUGAUGGGGGAAAAUGACAUGUUCAAAAUGUAAACACGUCUGAUGGGUUCUGGAAAAUGCUUUAGGCAGUGCUAUGUGUGCUGAGGGCAGGGCCAAAUUAGAAAUCUGUUCAAAUAUUUAUUUUGGCUUUUCACUUUAUUUUUUUUUAUAUCAAAAGUGCUGCUUGAUAAUGUGCUGAAGUGAUUGUUUGAAUCAUGGCUUGUAAGCUGUAUUUCUGUAUUCUCCAGCUAAUGCUGUGAUUUAACUCUUAAAAUGCCAUUGCUAUCUGUGAACUAUAUAGUUGGGAGUCUGUAUAGUGACGGUCAGGGGUUCUGCAAUAAAGAUGAAUUCUAAAAAACACA